CCGCGUCACUUCGUCCGUCAGCCAGCUGGCGUCGCCGCUGCCCCUGGCGAUGAUGAUGCCGCCACUCGACGCGCCCGCGGUAGUGGACGCCCCGCUCGCUGACUCGGCAGAAUCGGAGUCGAAGCCGGACGAGUCCCGGGCGGUGCCGACGAGCCUGUUCACGCGCAACAACAGCCAGACUUCCAGCGAGAUCUUGCGGAAGUACCUGCUGGGGGGCGUGGCGUGGCGCUGCCUCGCGUUACUCAAGGCGCUGGGUGUUGAGGGCCUGUCGUGCUGCCGGCAGCUGAGCUCAGUGCUGGUGUGGCUGUUCGGCGAGCUGUGCGCGGCCCCGCCCCCGGCCCCGCCCCCGGCCCCGCCCCCGGCCCCGCCCACACCCGCCCGAGCCCCGCCCCCGCAGCUCUCCGCCCAACGCACGCCCAUACACCAGCUGUUCUCCACGAGAAUAUGGUCUAAACAAAAAGUCAAAUCAGCUGGUAGUCCAGCCUCCAAAGUGAACUCAGCUAAUUCAUCAGAGAGGGGAUCCGUCACUGGAAGGUCCAGGUACAGCGGUCACACCAAAACAGAUUCCUCUGAAAGGGCAUGGAGAAGUCCUAUUAAGGAUCUGUCUUCAGAAUCUUGCGAUUCAAACGACGACCUGCAGGUUCUGAAUAGAUCCAUGACGAUAAAAGUCAGCAGCCCCAAAGACGAUUUUGAUUAUUUCAAUACACCGUUACGAUCGUCCACUGAAUACGCUGACACGUUUUACGAUCCGUACCACGCGCCGCGCACGCCCAAGCCCAAAGCUGACGACUACAUGACCGAAAAACAUAGGGACAUCAUCAAUUCGGAAAUCUCUUCGUUCGAAUUUAUUUUAAUGAUAACUGAUCUGCUCCAGGAGCUGUGCAAAGCCGAAAGCAGCCUGUCCGGCUCCGAAGGCUCGCAAAUAUCUGUGCAAUGCAUAAACUUUACUCUUAGGAAUCUCUGUUCUUUACAAUUCGGCUCUGUACCCGGUCAAACCGACCAGCAGGACACCCGACAAGUGUCUCGAAUUAAAGUGGCUCUCACCGAACUACUCAUAGUUUCACUAGAUAAAGUCCUCGUACAUUCCGAUUUGUGUGCCAAGUUAAUUAACAAUGGAAUCCUUCCGAUGCUCUUGCGCCUAUUAGAAGAUGUUGUGUGCAAGACCAGUACUAAGUAUCAACCGAAAGGUGAUACCCAAAAAUGUGCCAAAGAAACACCAAGUAAGACUGAAUCGGAAAAUCUGCUCAAAUUUGUAUUCGGUGUUGCGUAUUCGAUCACAGCGUUCUUCCACUGUUUACUCAUGCAAUGUAGAAGCGUAGACAAGCUGAGAGAAUUCACAGAACAAUUCAAACUCUACGGCGAAUGUUUGAAAGGGGCUCUGCUGAGAGAUUGCAUCGAGCUGAUGAUUAGAAUACCCGGAGUCGACCAAGACGAAACGGUAGUGUUAAUAAAGAAACUUAUCGAAUCUAUAGGUAAACUGAUUAAUGGUAUGAAGCGAGUGAGGAGUGAAGUGAUACACUCUGCCGCGUGUCCGAGGACUAGGCAUAAAAAGUGCCGGCAGAGGGUGGUGGCGGGAAUGCAUCAUCACCACGACGUUCUGGGCGAUGCGAUCUCCGGUCUGCCUAUGUCUUCCGCUUGCUGCGUGUCCGUUCUUUACGGAACCCUGACCUCGCUAGUCUCCGAUGAGGAGGUAGCGGCGCAGCCCGUACUCCGCAACAAGAUCCUGAAGGUCAUGCUCAACUGCGGAGUGUGCUGCUGUUUCACGCCUGGAACUCUCAUGGAAAGCAUCGUGAGGCUCAUGCUGACUCACCAGAGCGUCGCUGCAGCUUGUCUGCAACUCCUCGAGCAUACAGUGUACGGCGAAUUGGGUGCUAGCGUAUUAAUUCCGAGAAUCACAGACCAAUUACCUUGUUCCAUAUGCGAACCUAGCACCGAAGACCGCAGGGAAAUAGCCAGGCCGACGUCGAAAUUGUGCUCGCACGUCGCUCCUGUUGACCGAAAGAGCACGUGGUCGUUUCUUAUUCAUUACAAUUCGCUGCUUCAACUCGACAACCAUAACAAUGUAUUGCACGCAACCGUCAGCCAUCUGCUGCGAGUGACUCCCAAGUGCCGCAUGGAAAUGAAAUACGAGCUGCUUUUUAGCGUAAUAUACCCCACGUUCAUAGUCGCAAAGCACCGGUACAUGAUAAGACUGGAAGAAUCAGCGUACUUUCUUACAAUCUCUUGCCUUAAUAUCUUCGCGAGCCUUCUAAACACGGUGUCGUUCGCCGAACAGUUCAUACAAAAAGGCGGACUGAGCUACGUUCUCGAGUUGGUCUCGCUACCGGAAUUUGCGCAGCAGUGCUGUUCGAUCUUAGAGAUCGCCAUAAUAGUGGAGAUAUUCAAGCUGAUGAAGGAGAACUCGGAAUUCUCUUACUACAGAGAGAUGAGCUCGCUCGCUUCCGUCCAAAUGCUGUUUAAGUCGUUAUCGGAUAUGACUGAGAAAUUUUACAAGAUUUAUAGGUUGAAGUUUAUAGAGGAGGAAUUCGCGGAGUUGUGCGACGUCACUAAAGAGAGAGAUAUAUUGGCUUUAACUUCAGCUGAAGAGAUUCCAAAGAGGAAGAUGUCGUGUCCUUUGGAUAUAAAGGCUAGUUUCGCUCCCAGCGGUUACGUGGUCGAAGAGUGUGUAGAGGAUCAUUUGAGUGUGUUGAAGAACGUUUGUACGUUUUGGAAGAGUUGCGCCGCUUUGUGCGUGCAGGCGCCGUUGUUUCGCGAGCAUGUUGCGUCUGCGCCGACGUUGCUGGAUUCGUAUGCGUUGCUUAAAGUGACGCUGCGACAGCUGAGCGGCCCCACGUGCGGUGAAACGGAGGCCAGACUCCUCAUUAAACUGUUGGAAGCGCUCCUCACUGUGCAGUUCUCGGUGGCUGACGUGACAUCAGGGCGGUCGAAGAACGCGAGCUGCGCUGUAGUUCGCGUAGCGGCGCGGUGCGCGUGCACGCUAGCGGACGGUGGCGGGCUGCGCGCGCUGUGUGACGCGCUCGUACGAGUGGCCGCGCGCGCGCCCUGCACUACACACGCGCUGCCCGGCCUCGCGCGUGCUAAGGUGCCGCCGCUGAUGUGUCCGGCGGGCGGGGGCUCCGCGGAGGCUUCGUCGGGGGAGGAGGCCGCCUCCGGGCCCUACGACAGCGAGCACAGCGACGCCCCGCACACGCCGCCAGACGAGGGCUACGAGGCUGAUGUUGAAAUCGGUAACUUCGAUGUCACUUCUGAGAAAACGAGACUCUCCGAAACAUUACCUUUGAGCGAUAAUUCUUUAGCUGGCGUCGCGUCCGCGCUGGGCGACGAGUCUGGCACUCGCUCGGAGCUCGGCGAGUGCUGGCCGGGCGGCGAGCUGGCGCACCCGGAGCUGUGCCUCAUCGUCGUCGACAUACUCACGCAGAUUGUCAACAAGGUGAUGGACGCAGUGGCGGCGGGCACGGCGACAGAGGAAACGUGGCGUGCGGCGGCCGCGGGCGCGGGCGUUUGUCGCGCGGUCGCCGCGCGGCUGUCGGGACCCAUUGUCGCUAACUUCACGUGUACUGCGUCGCCCGACACCGCGUCCGUAUCAAUCCUGCGGCGCCUGUUGGCAGCGCGCCCCGCCCGUCUGCUGCAGGUGCGAUGCCCGCAGCUUCAAGAGCUCCAGCGCAGCGUGUUGGAACUGUUCGAGGCGGUGGCGUCGCAGCGACUGGAGGCCGAGGAGUUGGAAUCAUUCCUGCGACUGUUCCUUGCUGACGCGCCUCCCUGCGGCCUCCUGCUGGGAGCCCUGCAGCGCUGCCUGCGCCGUGCUGUCCCGCAUCAGCCGGCGCACUGCCUCUCCUUCCCUGCCCCGCCGCAACAUACUAACCUUGAACAAGAGACGAUGACUUCAGAAGGGACAGGGACAGUGUCGCCGCCCAAUCAUCAAGCAGAAGCGCUGGCACAAAGACUGCGCGAAGCACACAUACAAUCUGGCGUUUGUUCAGCGUGGCGGCGCGCCGCGGCAGGCGCCGGCGUAGCGGAGGCGGGGUGGGCGGCCUGGCUGCAGGGAUUCGCCGCCACACUGCGGCUGCAGCGACUGCCGACACCCCCCGGACUAGACAUUGCGGAAGACGGUAUUAGCGACUCGCUAGAGCAGGCUGGGGCUCGGACGAAAGCGGGGACGGGUGCUCUCCUGCACGUGUUCUCACUGGGGAACGACUCGCUUCUGUUCGAGAUGUGGCUGGAGCCUGAUACAGGUACCAUAUUAUUCCGCGUAUCGCGACCGGAAGCGGGCGCGGGGGCGGGGGGCAGCGAGGCGCGCGUUCCUCGCGCCCUGCCCGCGCGGCGGUGGACGCACGUGGCGGUCAACGUGUGGGAGCGGGUGCAUCGCAGGCGGAUACACGUGCAGGUGACACUUUUCGUCAACGGAUACGAGUGUGAAACGGUUUCUCUACCUUUGCAAGGCAUUCUGGCACGGAAAGUGACUGCCACCAACGUGCUGAUAGGGGACACAUUAGAAGCGGACGCCAACGCGGGCUCGUAUGAACUGUCGAGUAUCCGCGUUUACCGCGCGCCGAGACUAACGCGACAUCUGGCGUUGCAUCUCGCCGCGCACUCGCCCGACCACGCCUGCCAUGUACGAUGUGAAUCUCCAAACUAUGCCUCAGUGCUGACUGCAAACGUGUUAGAUUCAAACAUAGACUGGGAACAAGUAUAUGACAUGCCAUUCAACGUAUUGCGCGAGUUUCACGACAGCGUGUUGUUGACAUUCUCCGCGCACGCGCCGCAUGUUGUUAAUCUACAUCAUCAGACUACGCUUGCAAUGCCUUCCGUGUUCGGCGGUCGCGGGUCUAGUGGCGGGGGCGGUGCGAGCGCGGCGCCGGAGGGCGUGCGAGUGAGAUGGAGCGCGGCUGCGGUCCUGCGCCGGCGCGAGGGGCUCUAUGCCGCCCUGCACGCGCUGGGGGGGGCGCCGCACCUGCUGUACCUGUACGCGAGGGUGGUGGAGUUGGAGACGACAGCGGAGGAGCAGGCCAGCGCAUUGCGUAUCGUGCUGCAGUCGUGCCGCGGCGACGGGCGGCUGUACCACGCGCUGUACGCCGCGCCGCCGCUCGACGCGCUGCUGCCCGUGCUGCGCCCCGCGCCGCGCCUGCUCAUGGUGAUACUAGAAGAAGCUUGCAACGCGCCAAUACUCAACAUCGGCGGCGGAGGCGUGCUGACGGUGCUUAAGACUACGGCCGCCUUGCUGGAGCCCGAGCUGAUCGCGCUCAUUCUGCGGGCUUGGAAACAGUUCGACAGGAUACAGGACGUGGAGUGGGAAGUGGAAGGCGAGGCGGGCGUACGGCGCGGGUCGUUAUUCGAACUGUCGCUGCAGUGCUGCGGCGCCCUGCUGCGGCUGCAUCACCCGCGCUGGAGGCACAACCACCACCAGCUGGAGCGGGCGCACGCGCUCACGCACCUGCUGCACGCCUGCAAGGAGAGGUUCCUGAACUCGGACUGCGGUCCAUUGGGCGCGGCCGGCAGCGGAGCCCUGGUGGCGCUGGUGCGCGGACUGCUGGGAGCGCCGCCGCUGCUGCACCACCUCGCCAUGCUGGGGGACUUCCUGCUGCUCAUGCACCAGGCUAGCGACACUUUUGUGACACACUCGCGGGCCAACUUCUACUUUCUACUGACCCCAGAGACUCAGGAGAUGAGCGAAUUCACCAAGAUGACAAGAAAUUCCUCCAUCAAGCGUAAGGCAAAAGAGAAAGACGUCGCUCCAGAGGGGCCGGGAGACAAUGAACCAGAUGCUGCGCCUGAUACGGGGCAAACUAAAGAACCAGAGAAGAACACUGAGCCCGAGAAGAACACUGAGCUCAAGAAGAACACUGAGCUCGAGAAGAACACUGAGCCUGAGAAGAAGGCCGAGCCCGAGGACAAGACGGAACCAGACAGCAGCGGCCUACCAACCAAGGAAAUGAAAGGCAUUAUCAACACGCAAAUAAAGGAGAGCAGCAAUAAGAGCGCAGAUACUGCGCCUACUUCCGAGAAUGGCGAGGAAACACUUGAUCUGGACGACGUGCGACACACCACCGUCGACCUCUACACCGGCGGCAUCUACCAUCAGGGGCGUCUCCGUGCGGGCGCGGAGCCGGGCUGGAUCGCGUGCUCGGGGCUGCUGCUGCUGCUGCGGGACACCAUCGCCGUGCUGCGGGACCACCAGCUGGCGCAGGCGUUGAACGGCGCGGUGAGCGCGGAGGCGCUGGUGGUGCUGGCCAAUCACCGCAGCGGCUGCGUGCGUGCUGCUGCAGUCCGCGCCCUCAGCGCCCUGCAGCGCCGCGCCCCGGGACAUGCGCCCUCACCCCGCGCCCGGCCCCGCGCCCCGCGUGCCGACCUGCUGUACACGCACCUCGCCGACCAGAUAUCGUUGUACGAGACCACAUGGGAGCUGGCGACAGCGUGCGCGGCGCUCAUCACCAAGUGCGAUGUGCCGUUAGAGGACCAACUGGAUGAGGACAUCUGGGUGGAGGCGACCGAGGAGUGGACGCAGCGUUGCCCGCCGCUGCUAGCGCUGCUGCCGGGCAGCGUCACCGAUGUGGCCCUCGCGCACAACAUGACGCUCGUGCUGCGGCGACUCAUCGACAAGUCAUCGCUGCGGGCGCUUAGCGAAGUGGCGCUCUGUGAAGUGGUUGUGAAAGCGCUGCAGAACGUGGGGCGGGCGGCGGAUAAGCUGCAGGACGGCCGCAGCCUGCUGCAGCAAGACCUGCAGCAGCUGCUUGCCAGCGUAGCUCUACACGCAUUGCACGCGCCACACGCCAUGCAGACUAUAAUCGACAUCCACAACAUGCUGACGUUUGUGGAAGUGAGCAGCGCGGACCCGGAAGUAGAGGCGGUCUGCCGCGAGGCGCAGGUGGCGCUGUUCACGGCGCAGCUGGAACACCUGGAGCGGAGACUGGCUGAUGCGGCGCCUUCUUCGUACGCGGCGUAUCUUACUACUGCGGUGUCCCUGGUAGAGUCUCGCGGCGUGGAGCGCGGCGAGCUGGCAGCGCGGCACCUGAACACCGUGCAGCGCGCUACUGCCUUCCUGCUCGCACGCGCGCCCUCUCCCUCGCUCGCCGGCCUGCACGCGCGCCUCGUCGACACGCUGCUGCUGGCGGUGCAGGGCGGCACGCGCACGCGGUCGCGCUGGUCGGGCGGCAACGCGGAGUGGGCGGGGCUGCUGCUCGAGAUGAUCUGGUGGGGCGGGGCCCCCGAGGGCGGGGCCCCCGAGGGCGGGGCGCGCGCCCUGCAGCCCGCCCUGCUGCGCGCCCUCUACCGGGCCCCGCCGCCCCCCGCCUGCCUCACGCACCACGACCCGCCCGCCACCAGGAAGCUCGCGGUGUACCUCCUAUCGAUGCUGCAGCACCUGCACCUGGCCGCCGACCAGGGAGGGGAAGCAGUGGAGCUGCCGAUCCUGGACUGGGCUCGAGGCUGGGCGGUCUCACUGCAGGCCUCGUUGCCCGAGAGACUGGCCAGCACUUGCAUCGCUACCGAAGCCGCCCAAUUGUUGAGACAGGAUUUAGCAAGAUGGGCGAAGGCUGCUGAACGCGCCAGGCCUGCGCAAGCCAGGGCUGCGUGGAGCAUGGAGGGCGCGGCGUCGCGCGUGGCGGCGCAGAACGCGGCGCGCAAGGCCUUCAUGGCGCGCAUGCGGCGCCAGCACCAGGCGCGCGCGCGGGCGCAUGCGCGGUGGCAGCUGGUGCUGGACACGCACACGCACGAACGAGCGGUGUGGCACGACCCGCGCAGCUACCCGCAGUCGUGGCAGCUGGACCCGACGGAGGGCCCGGGCCGAGUGCGCGUGCGCCUGCGCCGGGCCCACUUGCGCAUCCCGCCUAAAUUCCUCAAACCUGAACACCAGUACAAAGCCGAACUAGCACAGAGGCCGCCACCGCUUCGCAGCGUUUUGGGACGCGGCUCCUCCGAACGGGACGGUCUGACCGCUCGCUUGCAGCCCGACGAGACCGUCGUGUAUAUGGCGCGCGUCACGCACGUCACCGUCGACAGCGAAACGCGCGGGGAACUGUUGCUCACUGACAGAGCCAUCCACUUCGUGCCGGAAGAGUCCCCCGCGGAGGAAGGCGGGUGGGGGGAGGACAGCGGCGGCGACACGCAGUGCUGGGCCGUGGAGGAGGUGCGGGCCCUGGCCACGCGGCGCUGGUGCCUGCAGGAGCGGGCCGUCGAGCUGUUCCUGCACACGCGGGCACACCUGCUGGCCUUCAGCUGCCAGCAGGAGCGCGCCGCCUUCCUGCACCACCUGCCGCACAAGAUUGAACAAGACUCCCUAACGGAAGCGAUGAAUCAAUGGCGGAACGGCAACAUCACCAAUUGGGAGUACCUGAUGCGUUUGAAUGGUCUCGCGGGGCGGUCAUACAACGAUCUAAUGCAAUAUCCGGUGCUGCCGUUUGUCCUGGCAGAAUACAGUUCCCGAAUGUUGGAUUUAAAUGACCCGAGAUCGUUCCGAGACCUCACGCGACCAAUAGCAGUACAGCGAAAGGAGCGAGAGCAACACUAUAUCAAUACUUACAACGAUCUGACACUGGCGCGACGCGAGGGUCUCGGCGGUUUGGUGGCGCGGCAACCCCACCACUACCCCUCCCUCUACAGCAACUCGGGUGGAGUGCUGCACUACCUCGUGCGUCUGCCGCCAUUCACGCAGCUGUUCCUCAACUACCAGGAUAACAACUUCGACAUGCCGGACCGCACGUUCCACUCGCUGGCGACGACGUGGCGACUCAUCACCAACGACUCGCCCACUGACGUCAAGGAACUUAUUCCUGAACUCUUCUAUCUGCCCGAGCUGUUCCAUAACGACGAAGGUCUGGCGCUAGGCGUCCGUCAGUGCGGUCUAGGCGUGGACAACGUAGAGGUGCCUGCCUGGGCGGCUGAAGCACGACUAUUUGUGCUGCUACAUCGACACGCGUUAGAAGCCCCGCGGGUUACCGAAGACCUACCUCAUUGGAUAGACCUCGUGUUCGGCUACAAGCAGACUGGCCAGGCAGCUAUUGAUGCCGUCAACGUGUUCCCUGCAUGCACGUACUACGGAUUCGACCCGUCGGCGAUGGAGGACGAGGUGGACCGCACCGCGGCCGCGGCCAUGGUGCGCACAUACGGGCAGGCGCCGCGACAGCUGCUGCGCGCGCCGCACCCGCAGGCCGCGCCGCGCCUCGCGCCUGCGCCGGGGCCCGACCUCGACGUGCAGGUGGAGGCGUGCGGGGGCGCGCGCGGCGUGCGCUGGGGUCGGUUCGUGGGGUCGCCGGAGGGGGCGCGGGGAGUGGUGACGGCACGACGAGCAUGUGCCGCCAGUGAGUUGGUGCCGCUGCCGCCGCCGCACUCGAGGACUGCCGCGGCACUGCCCGCUAACACUGCACUCGUCGCGCUUGCAGAUGAGUCAGCUUCCGACUUGGGUCAGGGGCUCGGAAGCGGCGGUGGGGGCAAGGAGACCGCAUGGGGCAUCCUGUCGUGGGGGCACUGGGACGACAUCGUGCGGCUCAAGCUGCGCCGUGAUACCCCACCUGAGCCACUGCUGCACGUGCCGCCCGGGGACCAGAUAACGUGCGUGCUUUCGUCGGCGAGCACAGCGACGCCGCUUGUGGUAGGGUUCUGGUCGGGGCGCGCCGAGGUGUGGCGGGUGCGGGGCGGCGGGGCGGCGGGCCCGCGCCUGGCCCGGCGCUCCCUGCACGCGCACCGCGCGCCCCUCGCCGCGCUGGCCGCGUGUCACCGCGCCGCGCUGCUGGUCACCGCGUGCCGCGCCGGCCGCAUCGUGCUGUGGGACCUGGCCCGGUGAGUAUGUGGCGGGGCGGGGCGGGGCGGGGCGGGGCGGGGCGGCGGGGCGGCGGGCCCGCGCCUGGCCCGGCGCUCCCUGCACGCGCACCGCGCGCCCCUCGCCGCGCUGGCCGCGUGUCACCGCGCCGCGCUGCUGGUCACCGCGUGCCGCGCCGGCCGCAUCGUGCUGUGGGACCUGGCCCGGUGAGUAUGUGGCGGGGCGGGGCGGGGCGGGGCGGGGCGGGGCGGCGGGGCGGCGGGCCCGCGCCUGGCCCGGCGCUCCCUGCACGCGCACCGCGCGCCCCUCGCCGCGCUGGCCGCGUGUCACCGCGCCGCGCUGCUGGUCACCGCGUGCCGCGCCGGCCGCAUCGUGCUGUGGGACCUGGCCCGGUGAGUAUGUGGCGGGGCGGGGCGGGGCGGGGCGGGGCGGGGCGGCGGGGCGGCGGGCCCGCGCCUGGCCCGGCGCUCCCUGCACGCGCACCGCGCGCCCCUCGCCGCGCUGGCCGCGUGUCACCGCGCCGCGCUGCUGGUCACCGCGUGCCGCGCCGGCCGCAUCGUGCUGUGGGACCUGGCCCGACUGACGUACAUCCGCACGCUGCCGAACCGCGGCAUGCUGCCGGUGACGCACGUGGCCAUCAGCCCCACUCUGGGCGACGUGGCCUCCGUGCACCGCACCGCCGCACCCGCGCGCUCUGCCACCCCCGACGAUAGCCACCACCAACGAUCCGACGAACAAGAGGAUGAGUCGACGGAAGAAGACUACACGGCGUCGUACGAGCGAGACGCGCCGGAGAAAUACCAGUCCAUUAUUAGGGUGCAUACGGUCAACGCGCGAUUCGUAGGCAGCGUACGCAUACCGGAGCGCGUUCUGUGCGCGUGCUAUUCAUCGGCGCCGGAGGGCGUGAGUGUGAACGUGAUCGCGGCCGGGCUGCACUGCGGCCGCGUGCGGCUCUACUCCAGCUGGGACCUGCGCCCCCUCACCGCGCCCGAGCCGCGCCGCCCGCCCCCGCCCCCGCCCGCGCCCGCCCACCGGUUGGCAUACAACGCGGACUCGCAGGUGUUGUUCGGAUUGUUCGCGGACGGCGUGGCGGUGGCGUGGGAGAGCGACCCCGCCAAGCCCGCGCCCCGCAUCGUGCCUGCGCACGCGCUGCUUUGACACACCUGGCUCGCAGCAGACUACGACACAUUAGUUAGAGUGAGAGAGGAGCAGCCUGCCUACCGCUGCCGUAUGCCUGAGAGGAAGGGAAGCCACACGGAUUGGCGCCGCAACGCGUUACGUAACGAAACGUUUUACCCUCCCAUAAAAAGUAAUCACUUCUGAAAUUCAAAUCUAUUUUAUCCUUUGAAUCCAUCCAUUAAAGUUGAAAAUCAUGACAAUUCUGACAUGAUUCUUAUAACUAAAUAUAACAUCAGUCUCUCCUUUUCAUUCUGUAUAGAGAAUGACAAGGAUACGCUCUUGUCAAAUUUAAGUUUACGUAUAGAAAAUCAUGCCAGAAUCGACACCAGUAGCUAAACUUUUUACCUAUCUCUUCGCCUAUUCUUACAUCUAUGAUUUCUCUUCUUAAUAUGCAUAUUUUGUUUCUCUGUGAUUCUCAAAACAAAUUUUGUAGCAUUAGACAUCUAUUUUUUUACAUUAUGAUGGAUAAUUUUAUAUUCAUUUGAAAUUGGAUAACAUUGAUUGUAAAAUAAUCUUAGCAGGUUACUUGUUAGCUUAAAGUGACACUUUAAUUUUCAUUGAAUUUAUAAACUGUUGCAUGCUGUCUAACAGUAGAAUAUGUGAGACGUGAUGAUAACAAUCGAACGCCUUUUAUACCAUAUCUUUAAGCAAUAAAUUAUUAUUAUAAAGAGGUCUAUUGAUUAGAUAAAAAACAUAUUGAUAUUGUGUAUAAAGAAGAAAAUAUUUUUUGUAGCUUAUGUACUAAAUGAAUAUUGUACCUUUGUAUUUGUGUAAUAUCUAAAUUAAACUAUUUUUAUAGAAACAUCAAAUAACUUAAUUUUGUAAUAGAAUUUAUGCAUAUAUUACUAUAUUUUUAAUAAGAUAUUCAACCAUUUGUCAGCCCGUGAAAGCCAUUAGAAAUUAGAUGCAUAUAUUUAUACAGAAGUCAAAUGAACGAAGCUAAAACUACAAAAACUUGUUAUAAUCUGAAAUCACUAGUUUCUUGAAUGUAUUUUGAAGUGAAAACAUCUUUAGAUGCGUUGUACACUUUUUUUGUAUGGGUAAAAAUGUUAAACUCGCGUCAGGACACGUGGACACGUGACCUAAUCGAAAAUUUGUAAGACGAAAACAAUAAAAUUGGAAAGUUGUUGACUUUCAAUGGACGAAACAUAGUAAUAUUUUAUUUUAUCGUAUUAUAAUAAUAAGUCUCUAUCUAGUAUGUCCACGUGGCAGCUUUAUUGCGAAGAAAAUGCAUUUUUUUACAAUAGAUGUCGCUAGGUGCGCUUAAAUGUGAUUCAUGUAAGUUGAUUUUUCUGAGGGAUAAACUUUUUAAUGUAAUAUAAAUUGUCAUGUUUGUGUACGAUAGCGCAAUAAAUAAAUAUUGUAAUCUAUCACAUAAAUAAUAGUACCAAAUUUUAUACAGAUAAUUAAAGCAAUUCGUGCAAAAUUAUUUCCUAACCAUUCCAAAUAUCAAAAAUGCACAACGUUAAUAUUCAAGUUUUCACUUCUGCCGGCACUCCCGUAGUGCAACCCGUCGUUUUUUUUAAUACUCUAUAGAUAUUAUUGUCGUUACUAUAUUUCACUUACACUAUAUAAAUGACAUAUUUAAUGGAUUGAGAGUUCUUUAAUUGGCUUUUUGUGUAUUUUUUUAUUCAACUACAAUACUUAUAAUGGUUCUUAAAAACGUGACCAAUAUUUCGCCAAUUUGUAAUUAAAUAAAAUAAAGAGAAUGUUUAAGUUUAAAUUACAGAUUCAAGUUUAGUUAUUGAAAUAUUUGAAAAGGCCAAGUUUUAGACUGUGUAAAUAAAGUACGUGAAUGCAUAUCUUUAUCGAUUUUAAUAAAUGAUCGAGUGAUGUACUGAUUUCAUUUUAGCCUCGUCUACAGAAAUAUGUAGUGAUAUUUUCAUAUUAAUCUACAAGUUUCGUUGUGCUGUGUAUAUAAUGUCUUCUAUAAUUCUAAUAUAUAACUUUAUCAUUUUAUAAUAUAUAUUUAACAGAUGUCGCAAAUAACGAAUUAUUCUUAUAUUUCUAAUGUAAAUAUUCUUGACGUAAUGCAUUCCAAUUAUAUUGUAAUUUAUUCUAAGUUUAGUUAUCCUAUUAUAAUUUUGCAUAAGAUAAAAAAUAUUGUUAAUAAUCUUUUUUGAAUCAUAAAGACUGGAAACAACAUGAUUGCUCUUAUGAAAGCAAUUUUGUUAUGAUGAUAUUAGUUUUUUCCACACUUAAUGCUUCACUUCACGUGGUUACUCAUAUUUACAAAUUCGUUUAUUUGACAGCAGAUAAAGAGAUAGAUGGCGCUAGCGAUAGCGAUAUAGAGAUAGAUAGCGUCAAAGUUAACAUCGACUCUGAUAUUCCUUUCUGAUAUUAUUUUCGUAAUAGUUGAUUUUGUGAUCAUAUACUAAAAAGUAAAUAAAUAGGUACCUUAUAAAGUGUACACAAACGGAUUAGGAAGAAGUGUGAUGAGCAACUAGCUGAUAGUUAGUUUGGGUUUUGUUUCGGUGUGGGAACAAGGGAAGCUCUUUUCGCGGUUCAUGUUCUCUUGUUCAAAAAUGUAGAGACGUGAGGCAGAAUGUCGAUUACGAAAAGGCAUUUGAUAGAGUUGAACACGAUAUACUUAUCGCACUUCUGAGAGAUAUGGCCUUGAUAAGAAAGACAUAAGAAUAAUUCAAAAUCUUCACUGAAACCACCGUGCUAUGAUUCGUAUUGAAGGAACAGACUCCAAUUAACUAGCCAUCCAAAGAGGAGUUAAACAAGGAUGCAUCUUGUCCCCUAUGUUAUUCAAUAUUUACUCAGAGGCUAUUAUGGCUGAAGCGCUUGGGCUUGUCCCCUUGUUAUUCAAUAUUUACUCAGAGGCUAUUAUGGCUGAAGCGCCUGAGGAUAUCAACUGUGGUAUUAAAUCAAUAGACGCCUAAUCAAUAACUUCGUGAUGCCGAUGACACAAUACUUAUAGCUUCAUCUGUGAUAGAGUAUGAUGAAAAAAUAUUAAAGUAACAAGAGUAAGUCAAAACCUAAAACUGCCAAUAAAACGAAAUUUUAGGUCAGUUUAUAAAAUAAACAACUACGUGUACCACAAGGGAGUAUUCUUGGUCCUAAUUUUUUCUGAGCCAUAAAUGAUAUUCCCAUUCUCAUAUAGUCAGCAGUACUGACUAUAUGAGAAUGGGAAUAUCAUUACCCAUAUUACCCUAGUGGGUACGGAUGGCUGAGCUGGGGUUACUCGGUUGUCAUAGUACUUGCUUUCAGACUACAAAAAAAAAAGAGCGAGCCUUACAGUAGUCGCGUAUGGAUGUGUAACAUUUCAAACCUCACCUUAUAUUAGUAAAAAAAGAAAUAAAACCUUAGUAGAUAAGGAAUAAGGCAUUUGAACAUUAUGUUCUAAAAUCAAAUCAAAUAGCGCGCGCUUUCGCGACUUCCUGUUACACACUUCCGUCCCAUUUCAUGAAAUCACUCCCACCAAUUGCAGGAAAGCGAGAGGAAAGAUGUAACACAUAAAAAAAAUGUAUUAGGGCUAUACGCAAUGCUAGGAGGAUCGAAAGAUGCAAACCAUUGUUUAAACAAUUAAAAAUACUUCCACUCACAUGCACGUUUAUAAAAUCUAUAUAGAUAUAUAUA